AUGGACGAAAGUUCCAUCGCGUCCACGAAGCUCUACGUGGGCAACCUCUUUUACGGCCUCACGCUGGAAGACUUGGAGGCAGAAUUCGGCAAGUUUGGACCGCUCGAGCAAUGUGCUGUGAAAAAAGGCUACGCGUUCGUCCACUUCGAGCGGCUCGAAGACGCCGAAAUGGCAGUGCAAGAGAUGAACGACAAGGAAUUAGGUGGCCGUCGCCUGCGCGUGGCCUUUGCCGUGUCGCACGGCUCGCAACGCCGCUACGACGGCCCACCGCCGCCUCUGCACGCAGUGCCCCCCGGCCCACCGCCGAUGAUGCAACCGCUGGACCCCAUUCGGCCGUCGCCGCUGCUGCACAACCCGCGGAUGGCCGUUAAUGCGUCGCCGAAUUUGUUUGUCGCCAACAUCCCGCCCCACGUCAAGAUGAGUGAGCUCGACGACGCGUUUGCUCGAUUUGGUGAAGUCAAGAACGUCAAAGUGCUGCCGCAGUCACGACCUGACGCCCCCAUGUCUGCCUUUGUGGAUUAUACGGAUGUAUCGUCGGCGCAAAAGGCACACAGUACGACGAUUGUCAUGGAUGGACAGCAGCUGCGCACGGACUAUAAUUUCCGCAAAAACAAAGGAGACGGACCGAAGCGCGUGGUAGGCAAAAGCCUUGACGGUAACUUUGAUGGGGAAGAGCCACGCGGCAGGCGUCCGCGCUACGACUCGAUUGACUCUCAAUUCGUGAAGAAGAGCAAGUAUGAUGACGAGACAGAGGAACCGAGCCAUCGUCGCCACCAUCACCAUAGCCACUCGAGUCGACACCAUUCGUCGCGCCAUAGUCGAGACGAACCGGAGGAACGGGGGCGCAGUGGAUCUCCUUUGCCUUAUCGUCACCACAGCAGCAGCAGCUUGCGUAGAGGCGAGGAUCCCUCGAGACGCGAGCGCUCGCGGGACCAUCCACCUUACGGACGCCCGGAUGAGAUGGACGAACUUGACCAACACGAACGCCGUUCGCAUCACGCCAAAUACUACAACCGGCGUCCACGGGGCGAAGAAUAUUCCGAACGUGAACUGGACAAGUCGCCGCCGCAAGAAUUCCGUCGCCACAGUCGUCCGGAGAUGCCAAUGCGCCACGGAUCGCGCCGCAGUCAGCGGGCUGACCAAAGCUGGUCGCCCUCCCACUCGAGGCCCCGCAGUCGUAGCCGCUAA